AUGUCAACGGAAGGAGAAGAGUCUAGCUCUGCUGGAAAGUGUCCCGUGGACCCCAAACACAGAAAUGCAAGUUCGCUGUGGAAAUUACUAGGAGUUUCAUCACCGUCGAAUGUAGAAGAGAGCAUUCCUGCGUCGUUGGAAGAAGCUGCCAAGCAUGCUCAAGAACCGCUUCCAGGACAAAGACUGCCCCUAUCCACGCAUAGGGCAUCCUCUUCAAUUCCCCGGGGGAAGGUAGAAAAAAGUCCUCAUCACCAGCGCGGCGAAGAUGGAGCGGAAACCUGGGUAUAUCCUUCGGAACAGCAAGUUUUCAACGCUAUGAAGCGAAAAGGCUGGGACCACGUCGAAGAAGAGUCAAUUCCCUCCUUCUUGCAGAUCCACAAUGCCGUUAACGAGCGAAGUUGGAGAGCACUACGAGAGUGGGAGUCAAACCCAGAUAUCGAACUCGUCCGAUUUCAAGGACGUCCAGAUGCCUUGUCUCCAAAAGCUUGGAUCUGGACCAAUGUUCUAUUCCAAGAUAGGCCAUUUGAUAGGCAUGAUUGGUAUGUUGAUAAUGGGGUCGACCAUCAGAAACGAUACAUAUUGGACUACUACAUGACAGAAAACGCUGCAACCGGACUCCCCAAAGUGGACAUUGAUGUUCGUCCAGCUCUGGAUACUCCAGGGGCAUUUGUCGAACGAGCCCAGAAAGCCGCUGCAGAAUUUUUCCCAGGCAUUGCCAAGGAGAUCCAUAGGAUGCAACAAACAAGACCAGCAUCACCAUAA